ACCGAGCCCGGGAGGAGGCUCCAGGGCCGCAUCUCGGGCGGUUGCGCCAAGCCGGGCUGUGCGCCGCCAUGGCCCCAGUGCAGCUGGAGAACCACCAGCUGAUCCCUCCGGGAGGCGGUGGCAGCGGCAGCGGCUCAGCGUCUGCCCCGGUUCCUCCGCCUCCAGGAGCCGCGGUGGCGGCGGCAGCUGCGGCCGCGGCUAGCCCUGGUUACCGGCUUAGCACGCUCAUCGAAUUUCUCCUACACCGGGCCUACUCGGAGCUCUUGGUGUUGACGGACUUAUUGCCAAGGAAAUCUGAUGUGGAAAGGAAAAUAGAAAUUGUACAGUUUGCUAGCCGGACACGUCAACUCUUCGUUCGAUUAUUAGCUUUAGUAAAAUGGGCUAAUGACGCUGGCAAAGUAGAAAAGUGUGCGAUGAUCUCAAGCUUUUUAGAUCAACAAGCUAUCUUGUUUGUGGACACUGCCGAUCGCUUGGCCUCCUUAGCUAGAGAUGCACUGGUCCACGCACGCCUGCCCAGUUUUGCUAUCCCGUAUGCCAUUGAUGUGCUGACUACUGGCUCUUAUCCACGACUUCCAACCUGCAUCAGGGAUAAAAUUAUUCCUCCAGAUCCAAUUACCAAAAUUGAGAAACAAGCCACACUUCAUCAGCUUAAUCAAAUUCUUAGACAUAGGCUUGUAACAACAGAUCUUCCUCCACAGCUAGCAAAUCUUACAGUGGCAAAUGGCCGUGUGAAGUUUCGAGUUGAAGGAGAAUUUGAAGCAACUUUGACAGUAAUGGGUGAUGAUCCAGAAGUUCCGUGGCGCCUUCUCAAGCUAGAAAUUCUAGUUGAGGAUAAGGAAACAGGAGAUGGCCGAGCUUUGGUUCAUAGCAUGCAAAUUGACUUUAUCCAUCAGUUGGUGCAGUCUCGGCUCUUUGCGGAUGAGAAACCUCUUCAGGACAUGUACAACUGCCUACAUUGUUUCUGCUUAUCACUUCAAUUAGAAGUGUUACAUUCCCAGACUCUAAUGUUAAUCCGAGAGAGGUGGGGCGACCUUGUCCAGGUGGAAAGGUAUCAUGCCGGAAAGUGCCUCUCUCUCUCCGUUUGGAAUCAGCAGGUUCUAGGGAGAAAAACAGGCACAGCAUCUGUUCACAAAGUCACAAUUAAAAUCGAUGAGAAUGAUGUCUCCAAGCCUUUACAGAUCUUUCAUGAUCCUCCUUUGCCAGCUUCGGAUUCUAAAUUAGUAGAAAGAGCUAUGAAGAUUGACCACUUAUCAAUAGAAAAGCUCCUGAUUGACAGUGUUCAUGCAAGAGCCCAUCAGAAGCUGCAGGAACUGAAGGCCAUUCUUAGAAGCUUCAAUGCUAAUGAAAACUCUUCCAUAGAGACUGCACUUCCAGCUCUUAUUGUUCCCAUCUUGGAGCCCUGUGGUAAUUCGGAGUGCCUACACAUUUUUGUAGAUUUGCAUUCUGGAAUGUUCCAAUUGAUGCUUUAUGGACUUGACCAGGCCACUCUGGAGGACAUGGAAAAAUCUGUGAAUGAUGACAUGAAGCGGAUCAUCCCUUGGAUUCAACAACUUAAGUUUUGGCUUGGACAACAGCGCUGCAAACAAUCUAUAAAACAUCUGCCUACAAUAACCACUGAAACAUUGCAGCUUUCCAACUAUUCAACGCAUCCCAUUGGAAACCUUUCCAAGAAUAAACUCUUUAUUAAACUUACCCGUCUUCCACAGUACUACAUUGUUGUGGAAAUGCUUGAGGUUCCCAAUAAGCCCACACAACUAUCAUACAAGUAUUACUUCAUGUCUGUGAGUACUGCAGAUCGUGAAGACAGCCCUGUCAUGGCACUGCUUCUGCAGCAAUUCAAGGACAACAUCCAGGACUUGAUUUCCUAUACAAAGACUGGGAAACAGAUCAAAACUGGUACCAAGCACAAGUUGUCUGAUGACCCAUGUCCAGUAGAAUGCAAGAAAGCCAAACGAUCAGGAGAAAUGUGUGCCUUCAAUAAAGUUCUAGCUCAUUUUGUCGCUAUGUGUGACACCAACAUGCCAUUUGUAGGACUUCGAUUGGAGUUGUCCAACCUGGAGAUCCCACAUCAGGGAGUGCAAGUGGAAGGCGAUGGCUUCAGCCAUGCGAUUCGCUUAUUAAACAAUGUAGGACUCAGCCCAAUGUCACUUAAGAAAACAUCAGAAACUGGAAGCUGGAGUACAUUGCUAUACCCUCAGUUACUCAAGAGGCUGAGCCCAGAGAAUCAAGACCAGUAUGGACAUCAUAUUGAAAUGUUUCUUAAUGACUGGAGUAGCAUUGCCAGAUUAUAUGAAUGUGUGUUGGAAUUUGCUCGUUCUCUACCAGACAUACCUGCUCAUCUGAAUAUUUUCUCAGAAGUUCGUGUUUAUAAUUAUCGGAAACUUAUCUUGUGUUAUGGAACCACCAAAGGAAGCUCAAUUAGUAUCCAGUGGAAUUCCAUUCAUCAGAAAUUUCAUAUUUCGUUGGGAACAGUUGGCCCAAACUCAGGUUGCAGUAACUGUCACAAUACCAUUCUCCAUCAACUUCAGGAAAUGUUCAACAAAACACCAAAUGUGGUUCAGUUGUUACAGGUGUUAUUUGAUACUCAAGCACCAUUAAAUGCCAUCAACAAACUCCCUACUGUGCCAAUGUUGGGAUUGACUCAGAGAACUAACACUGCCUACCAGUGUUUCUCCAUUCUCCCCCAGUCAUCCACCCACAUCAGACUGGCCUUCAGGAACAUGUACUGCAUUGACAUAUACUGCCGUAGUCGAGGUGUUGUGGCAAUACGGGAUGGGGCCUAUAGUCUUUUUGAUAACAGCAAGUUAGUUGAAGGCUUCUAUCCUGCACCAGGAUUAAAGACGUUCCUGAACAUGUUUGUUGACAGCAAUCAGGAUGCUCGGAGAAGAUCUGUAAAUGAGGAUGAUAACCCCCCUUCUCCUAUAGGAGGUGAUAUGAUGGACUCCUUAAUAUCACAGCUCCAGCCACCUCAGCAACAGCCAUUUCCAAAGCAGCCAGGAACUUCAGGCGCUUACCCUCUUACUUCACCCCCUGCAUCCUAUCACAACACAGUUAAUCAGUCCCCCUCUAUGAUCCACACACAGUCUCCAGGAAAUCUGCAUGCUGCCAGCUCCCCCAGUGGGGCUUUGAGAGCCCCAUCACCAGCGUCAUUUGUUCCAACUCCUCCCCCAUCCUCGCAUGGAAUCUCAAUAGGACCAGGGGCCAGUUUUGCUAGUCCACAUGGAACCCUUGACCCUAGUUCUCCAUAUACUAUGGUGUCACCAAGUGGACGAGCAGGAAACUGGCCUGGGUCUCCUCAAGUGUCUGGACCCUCACCAGCAACCCGUUUGCCUGGAAUGUCACCAGCCAACCCAUCUCUCCAUUCUCCUGUCCCAGAUGCUUCUCAUUCCCCUCGAGCUGGCACAAGUUCCCAGACAAUGCCAACCAACAUGCCUCCACCUCGCAAACUACCUCAGCGCUCCUGGGCAGCAUCCAUACCCACCAUCCUCACUCAUAGUGCCUUGAACAUCUUACUGCUCCCCUCUCCAACGCCAGGCCUUGUGCCUGGCCUGGCAGGUAGUUACCUUUGUUCCCCGCUUGAGAGAUUCCUUGGGUCUGUCAUCAUGAGACGACACCUUCAAAGAAUUAUUCAACAGGAAACGUUGCAGCUGAUCAAUUCCAACGAACCUGGUGUAAUCAUGUUCAAGACAGAUGCCCUGAAAUGCAGAGUAGCCCUUAGUCCCAAAACCAACCAAACCCUUCAGCUAAAAGUGACACCUGAAAAUGCAGGACAGUGGAAACCUGAUGAGCUUCAAGUUUUGGAGAAAUUCUUUGAGACAAGAGUUGCAGGACCACCAUUUAAAGCCAACACACUUAUAGCCUUCACCAAGCUGCUGGGAGCACCAACACACAUCCUCCGUGACUGUGUGCAUAUUAUGAAGUUGGAGCUGUUCCCAGACCAAGCAACACAGCUAAAAUGGAAUGUUCAAUUUUGCCUCACCAUCCCUCCCAGCGCACCACCAAUUGCACCUCCUGGGACACCAGCUGUGGUGCUGAAAUCCAAAAUGCUAUUUUUUCUUCAACUAACUCAGAAAACAUCAGUCCCUCCCCAAGAACCUGUUAGUAUAAUAGUUCCAAUCAUUUAUGACAUGGCUUCAGGUACCACCCAGCAGGCAGACAUUCCCAGACAGCAGAACUCUUCUGUUGCUGCGCCCAUGAUGGUCAGCAACAUUCUGAAGAGGUUUGCAGAGAUGAACCCACCACGACAAGGUGAAUGCACAAUAUUUGCAGCUGUUCGUGAUUUAAUGGCUAAUCUUACACUGCCCCCUGGUGGGCGUCCAUAGACACUAUUGUUUUUAAACCAGGAAGGCUGACAAAUGAAAAAACAACACACACACAAAAAGGCUGAAUUCAGCCAUCAGUUUUAAAAAGGAAAAAGACUUUUUUUUUAAACCUUAAGAGCUAAAUAUUCUAAACUGGCAAAACUUUUCAGGGUGCACUUCUUUCAUCAAAAAGACCAUCAUCAAUCUUUUGUAUAGUGAACUUGUAUAGUGUGUUUAAAUGCGACACAUUUCAAACUAGGUAACAGAUCAGUGUCCGCUUGCCAGUAAUAGAUUUAAUAUUCUGUUUUAUACUAUAAAGUAAUGAAAAUGCCAAACUUGUUUAUUUAAUUGUUUUCUUAUGUUUUGGAUGUAAUGGUCUUUUUUGAUUUUUUUUUUUUUAAAGGCAGGUCUGUCAUUUUUGAAUACUGUAAACUGUGACAAACUUUAUAUUGAAGCUGUAUUUUACUAUUGACCGCUUUGAAUCCUUACACAGAAAUGUUUUGGGAGCUGUUAAACACAUCCCAAAGAAGCAAUAUUUAAUAAAACUAGGAUAUAAAAGUGACACUCACUUGUGUGUGUAUAAGCUCUCUAGAGUUAUUAGGGCCUCCCUUCAUCUUCACCCUGGUGGGGCCAGUCAGUUUUUAAUUACGUAUGUCUGAAAUUUGACCAAAAACAUUUUUGUUUUAAGGUUAAUGUAAUUCUUCAGACAUUCCUAACAUGACUGGUGAUAACAUUUAGCACCUCGGUUAUUUUUUUCAGUAUAGGAUUUGUGUAAAAUAAGAGAACCUUGUCUUUGAAAAGAGACAGUAAGUGAUAUAUAGUGAUUAAGGAUCCCAAAUAAUGCAAUUAUUCUCAUGUGUGAGGAAAUGGGAACCUUUUUGCUAGGAAAAUGUCAUUGAAAGGAUACUUCUGCACACAGCAUUAACUAGGAAGCAAAGAACUUGAAUGCUCUAGUUUGCAUGAAGUUUUGGUGACAUUUCUUUUAUCUUAUUUAACUUCUUACCUUCCCCAGCACAAUUGCGGUUGUUCUAAACAAUCUCAAUUUAAUUCAUUGUCAGCAAAACAAUAGGAUGUUUUUGCUGGACACAACCUGGUCCAGUCAUUUGAAAAGUCCACAGUGCAGGGCCUGUGUAGGGUCCAGUGGAGUUUCUGGCACUGGUACCUCUCAAUAGGAUUUCUUUCUAGAGUACUGUACUGUCUCUUGCAGCCAGUCAGGGUCUUUUUAAGCUUCGAUGAAUAUGAUCUGAUUCAAAUGUCUUCUGAUGACUUGAUGUGAUUUGGAGCAGUUUUUUUUUUGUUGUUGUUUUAUGGGUUUUUUUUUAAUGAUAAUAUCAUGCUGAGUUAUCUAGUCAAUGUAAUAUGGUCCUCGAUGAAAUUUUAGAUGUUUGUCUGAUUCCAUUUUAAGAUGAUUAUUUGAGCUUCUAUAACUAUAACCACCAGAUUCUAGUUUUAAGCAUCUCACUGCAACUGUAUCAUAUGUUCUCAACUUUGCUUGAAUCUCCAUUUCCAGUCAGAGUUGAGGGCUUCUGUCUUCUGUGUCUCCUUUCUGCCUUCAUCUCCUGCUUUUCACCCAACUCUGCCGCUAUUCCAGAGUAGGUGACUAAACUUUUAUUCUUCUUUAACCUACCCCUUUUCUCCUUCUGUUUUCAGUUCUCUUCACAGUGGUAAUCACAUGGGUUUGGCAAUCUAAGAUGUCUUGAUCAGGAGUCAGCCCUUUUCUAUUAGGAGCUGAAUCCUAUCUUUCAUGUAGAAAUCUACAUGUAUAUACAAGAAAUGUAUUUUUAUCUGCAGGAUGAUAUUGUUUCAAAUAAUUUUAUUAAUAGAAUUAACUUUUCAGGUAUUUUCUCUUUUAAGUGUGGUUUUGAAAUGUUAAUUGCAUUUUUAUACAUGAUGCAUUCAAUGGGUACUUUUUCCUAAUUAUAACUAACCUUUGAAUGCAUUGUGUAAAUCAAGUAAGAUAGGAUUCAAUGAACAGAAUUUGAUUUUGAUGCUUAUUAAGAGUAAACCAAUGAAUUUGAAUUUUGAUAUCAUGCUUGGUACUUGGAAUUGGUAUAUACUUUAUUAAAGCUUGGAAAUACUUAGCAUUUGAAUCGUAACUUUCAUCACAAACCAUGUCUUUUGCCUCUUUUGUUAACCAGGUUCAAUCAAAGAAACUGGAUGCCAUAGUGAUUUUUCUCUAGUAGGUGGUUUGGAACUUGAUUUUAAGGUGUUUUCAAUGUGAUUUUAGUAUUUACAGUAAUAAAUAAAAUUUAUACAAGUUUCAGAGAA